CUACUUUGCCCCGUUCCUUCGCCUCUCCCACACUACACUAUCAGUAGCCUCCAGCUGGUCAGACUUGCAGCCAGCUUUACUCAGCAAUGUCUCAGACAGUCGACGAGAACGCAGCCAUUCCUGAGCGUGAAAAGAAGUCCGAGGACGUCGACACCAACCCCACAGGUGUCUCUACUACGCCCGUACCGAAAGAGCAGCCUAUACCAGCGCCGUCGCAGUCGGCCCCUCCGGAGGGCGGCACACAAGCGUGGUUGACGGUCGCCGGCGCUUGGUUGGUGCAGUUUUGCACGUUUGGGUACUCGAAUGCAUUCGGAGUGUAUCAAGAUUUCUACGUUCGCGAGUACUUGACAAACCACACAUCGUCAGAAAUCAGCUGGAUCGGUAGCAUGCAAGUCAUGCUUGUCCUCUCUCUCGGGCUGUUCACAGGCCAGCUGUACGACAGAGGAUACUUCCACCACCUCAUGAUCGGGGGCUCGGUCCUAUUCGCGUUCUGCCUCUUCAUGCUCUCGCUGUCCCACCCAAACCAGUACUACCAGGUGUUCCUCAGUCAAGGCCUCGGCGUCGGCCUCGCGAUCGGCAUGACCUACAUUCCCAGCCUCGGCGUCAUAUCGCACUAUUUCCAACGCCGGCGCGCGCUCGUGAUGGGGAUCGCCGCCUCGGGGUCCUCACUCGGCGGUGUCAUCCACCCGAUCAUGCUCAACAAGCUCUUCCACGGGCCGAGCGGCUUCCAGAAGGGCGUGCGCUAUAGCGCCGCGAUGAACCUCAUUCUCCUGUUCAUCGCGAAUUGCCUCAUGCGCACGAGGCUCCCCCCGAGGAAGGGUGGGAACAUGUUCGCUGGGACAAGCGCGUUCGCGAGAGACCCGCCGUAUGUCCUGGCAGUGAUGGGGGCGUUCCUAGUGAUCCUAGGCCUGUUCUUUCCCAUCUUUUUCCUGCAGCUGGAUGCCAUCACGCACAACCUCGAUCCCAACUUCGCCUUCUACUCGCUCGCGAUCCUCAACGCGGCGAGCGUCUUCGGGCGGGUGAUCCCGAGCCUGAUCGCGCAGACGACAGGCGUGUUCAACACGAUCGUCGUCUGCACCGCCAUCUGCGGCAUCCUCGUGUUCAGCAUGUUCGGCGUCACGACCGUCGGCGCCGUCAUCGUGUUCGCCAUCCUGUUCGGCUUCUUCUCCGGCGCGUACGUGUCGCUGCUCGCGCCGAUGUUGACGUCCCUCGCGCGAGACGUCACUGAAAUCGGGUCCCGGAUGGGCAUCUGCUAUACGUUCACCGGCAUCGGGAGCCUAGUCGGCACUCCGAUCGCAGGCGCAUUGCUCACGCCCACGAACAUGUGGUGGCGUCCAAUCAUAUUCAGCGGUACGACGAUGACGGUCGGCGCGGGCUUCCUGCUCGCUGCGCGGAUGCUGGUGGCCGCGAGGAAGGGCAAGAGGGCGGUGUAGUGCCGGAGCUCGCGCUUAGAUAUGAUAUCCGCUCUUUUUAUUUUGUCUUUUCUGUCGGGAUCGACGUGGCGUGGCAUCCUAGUACCAGUGUCGACAUGUGCAUGGCUGCCUUUCUUUUUCAUUUGAAGCUAUACAUACGCAUCCCUUUGGACGGUUGGACGCUC